GUGUGUGUGUGUGUGUGUGUGUGUGUCAGUGAGAGGACAGAAGAGCUCACAUCAGUUCAGCUUCAACAUCAACCAUGUUCUCUGUAGCUCUGAUACUGCUGCUGGCAGCUGGAUCCUGUGUGAACAGUAUUGAUCUCAUCCAGCCAGACUCAAUGGUUGUGCAGCCUGGACAGUCUUUGACCAUCACCUGUCAGGUCUCUGGUUAUUCUUUGACUGAUAACAGCUAUGCAACAGGUUGGAUCAGACAGUGUGAAGGAAAACCAAUGGACUGGAUUUCUCAUAUGUGGGGUGGAGGAGACUUUUACCAAAAUGCUGCUCUGAAGAACAAGUUCCUUUACCACACACACACUUCUACAAGCUCAGUGACAUUAACAGGACAGAAUCUGCAGCCUGAGGACACAGCUGUGUAUUACUGUGUGCGUUACCCGGGGGCUGGCUACUUUGACUACUGGGGAAAAGGAACAACCGUGACCGUCACAUCAGCCACUCCAAAUGCACCAACUGUGUUUCCUCUGAUGCAAUGUGGUUCUGGGACUGGAAACACGGUCACUCUUGGUUGCCUUGCCACCGGCUUCACACCCUCCUCACUGACCUACUCAUGGAGCAUAGUAAAUGGGGCUGCCUUGACAGACUUCAUUCAGUACCCUCCAGUACUGAAAGACAACCUUUAUACUGGAAUAAGUCAAGUCCAAGUGAGCAAACAGGACUGGGACGCCCCGAAAUCCUUCAGAUGUGAUGUGACACAUACAGCGGGAAAUCAACAUGUUAUUAUCACAAAGCCAAAGGAUUUAUAUCAGUUGCCAACUCUCAAAGUAAUGACCUCCUCCUCUGGUGAGGGCACCGAGACUACCCUCUCCUGCUUUGCCAAAGAUUUUUCACCAAAAGAUUUUGAGUUCAAAUGGCUGAAAAAUGAAGUAAAAAUCACCACUGGAAUAACCAACAUCAAAACACCUUUUGAUGAAAAAAAGACAGAGAAUGGAACACUGUACAGUGCAGCAAGUUUUCUGACAGUGCCAUCAACUGAGUGGGCUGACACCAAUACGUUUACAUGUGAGUUUACGGGGAAAGGUGAACAAGGCCCAACGUAUGUGAAUUCAUCUGCGACCAAAAUUCCUGUUAAUGGACCCAAUUCAGGAUGCGUGGAAGCAGAUGUGGAAGUAACCAUCAUAGAACCAACAAUGGAGGACUUUGUUUUAUACGGAAAGGGAGAUGUAAAAUGUCAAGUCAAGAUAAACAAACCAUCUGUCCAUAAGAUUUUCUGGGAGACCCAUGAUGGAAAAGACAUACCUGAUGCUGUUCCAGUGAAGCCCCCUGCAGGACAUAAAGAUACAUACGUCGCUUUACUUCCCAUCACAUUUGAAGAAUGGAGACAGGGGGAAAAGUUCAUCUGCAUUGUUGAACAUGAAAACUGGCUAGAGCCACGUAAGGAAAUCUACAAAAGGACGACUGGAGGACCGCCUCAGCGUCCUUCAGUUUUUAUGCUACCUCCAGUAGAACAUAUUAAAACAGAAACCGUGACCCUGACUUGCUAUGUGAAAGACUUUCCUCGGGAAGUUUAUGUGUCUUGGCUUGUCGAUGACGAGGAAGCAGGCUCAAAAUACAAGUUCCAUACCACAACGCCUGUAGAAAAUGAUGGAUCAUAUUCUGCCUAUGGCCAGUUAACCCUCACCCUCCAGCAGUGGAAAAAUGAUGACACUGUGUUCAGCUGUGCAGUUCACCAUGAAUCUGUGGUCAACACAACUAGAGCUAUUGUCAGGUCCAUCGGGCACAGAACAUGAAAAACCAACAUGGUCAACCUCAACAUGAACAUCCCUGAAACGCAAGGCCCAGUAGAUGUUAUUCUGUGUCGCUGUGUCUUCUGCUGUUUGUUGUUUAAUGUUUGUUGCUUGUGAUAUGACACUGUGUUUGUCUUUU